AUGAUCCAUUGCAUCAGGCGCUUAUUCAGGUGUGCUGUGCCUCUGUUAUUUCAGGUGCCCAUUCAGGUGCGGAAAUCCCUGGCGGUGGCGGACGGAGUGCGGAUAGUGGGGAUGGUUCGGUCGGCAGUGGCACCCGGACACGGCGGGCGGCUGCUGAGACGGCAGCAGAGAGUGGUGCUGACGUCAGAGGACAUGCCUGACCUUGAGGACCUAUCACUGGCAGACGAGUUCGCGCUGGUGAGGCUGAUGGAGGAGGCAGCACAGCAUGCUAGUGCAACCAACUCUGCACCCGAACACUAUCGCUGUGUCUCAAUCGUCUCCCUCUCUCCUCCUCAUUCACCUGUUCGCAGGCCUGACCUCGAGGACCUAUCACUCGCGGACGAGUUCGCACUGGUGAGGCUGAUGGAGGAGGCAGCUCAGCACGAACCAGUCCAACGACCUCUGCGCCCUCUUUAUUUCUCCUUUUGA